AUGUUUGAGGCUAGGCUUGUACAAGGUUCUCUUUUAAAGAAAGUUCUUGAGGCAGUCAAGGAUCUGCUCUCAGAAGCACCAUGGGACUGUAGUUCAACAGGAAUAAGUUUACAAGCUAUGGAUUCAUCACAUGUUAGUUUAGUUUCUUUAUUAUUACGUGCAGAUGGCUUUGAUACUUACAGAUGUGAUCGCAACUUGUCAAUGGGUAUCAACCUCAACAGCAUGUCCAAGAUCCUCAAGUGUGCCUGCAAUGAUGAUAUAAUCACAGUGAAAGCUGAAGAUAAUGCUGAUACAGUCACUUUCGUUUUUGAAUCUCCAAAUCAAGAAAAAGUCUCUGAUUACGAAAUUAAAUUGAUGGACAUUGAUUCUGAACAUUUAGGUAUUCCUGAUACAGAGUACAAUUGUGUUGUAAAACUUCCUUCGGCUGAAUUCCAAAGAAUAUGUCGAGAUUUGAGCCAAAUUGGUGAUUCUGUUGUGAUUUGUUGUACAAAAGAAGGAGUUAAAUUCUCAGCCAGUGGUGAUCUUGGAUGUGGUAACAUCAAGUUAGCCCAAAGUACCAAUGCUGAUAAAGAGGAAGAGUCUGUCACUAUUGAAAUGAACCAGUCUGUUGUGCUGACAUUUGCUCUGCGAUAUUUGAAUUUCUUCACCAAAGCUACACCGUUAUCUACUCAUGUUACACUCUCCAUGUCACAAGAUGUUCCACUUGUGGUGGAAUACAAAAUAGCUGAUACAGGUUACAUCCGAUAUUAUCUGGCACCAAAGAUUGAAGAUCAAGAAGACAACUGAAUAUAAAACAGUUUUUGGAAGAAACUUCUAUAGGAAAAUGCUUUAACAACUAAUGAGGCAACCUGAACUUGUUCUAGCCACAAGUUAUUGAAGACCUUUUCUCUGACUAUUUUAGUAAUUAAUCACUUAAGCACUAAUUCAUCCAUUAUUACUUUCUCUCACUACUUUCAUAUGUAUAUAGUGUCUUUUUACCUAUUGAACAACAGGGUAUGCACAGUUUGUUUUUAAUGAAUUAGGGUUGUCAAUAAUACGAACCUCUAAUUUGGUCUCCUCCACUUAGAGAUUCGUUUGUGGCAUUGUUCAUUAUGGGGGCUUGUUAGUGGGUGUAAUUUAGUUCAGUAUGCGUUAUCCCAAAAUUAACUUAUGCCCUAGGUUUGUUCUGAGUUUUAUUUCGAAAAAAAAAAAGGUGGGGGUUAAGAAUUACAAAGUCAAUGUCUUAAAUAAUGAAAAUUUGUUUUUAUCCUGCUAAUCAUGAUAAACUACUAUUCAGUCUUCAGACUAAGGACAUUUAAAAGGAAAUCAUUAUUAUUAUUAAGGUGAUGGGCUGGAAAAAUUGUUAGUGUUGGUCAAAGUGCUUAGUGGUAUUUCUUCUGGUUCUUUACAUUCAAAUUCCACUGAGGUUAACUUAGCCUUUCAUCCUUUUGGGGUCAAUACAUUUUAGUACCAGUAAAAUACUGGAAUCAAUGUAACUGAGUUGCCUUCCCCUCAAAAUUGCUAGCCUUGUUCCAAAAUUAGAAUUAUUGCUAUAAGAGUGGCAGGUUGACAAAACAGCAGUGUUGAGACUAAAUUUAGUCUUUAGUUCUAUUUUAACUCUGCAUGGGCUGAUGAGAUUAGUACCAGUUAUAUACUGAGGUGAUUUGUGCUUGAUUCUAGUGUGACUGGCAUAUCAUUAACAAACCAGUUGUGAUCUAGUUUUGGUUUGUCAAGUUGCAGGAUGUUUCAUUUUCAACUGGGGAAGAUGUUUUAAUCUUGUCCCAGUCUUUUAUUACUGCCAAUCCUACUCCUCAAAAUAUAUCCUCUCCCUUUCACAAAAUUGACCCUGGUACAUAACCUUUCAUAAAUAUUCAGUUUUUGUGUGUUUUAAUCAAACUACAUACAUUCAAAGUAGAGUAGAAGCCUUAUGUAAUUGAGGAAUUCUCCCACAUGAUAAAAAAACAAAAACUUUUACAAAACUCAUGCAAAUAAAAAUAUCUACUCUUUGUUAGAA